CCGGCCCGGGGCGGAGCGGGGCGGUGGCGGCGCGGAGCGGAGAGGAGCGGGCGGCGAGCUCGGCCGGGGGCUGGCGGCAGCAGCAGCAGCAGCGGGGCCAUGGCCGCCGACGUGUUCAUGCGGCCGGCGCGGCUCCUGGGGGCGGCGGGGCCGCUGUCCCCCCGCACGGAGCCCGACGAGGACUCGUCGGACACGGACGACGGCGGCGCCUCGUCGCCGGGCGGAGGGCGGCGGUGCGGGCCGCGGCGGGGGCAGCCUCCGGGUCCCCAGAUCAUCCACUCGGGCCACUUCAUGGUGUCGUCGCCUCACAGCGAGCACCCUCCCAAGAAGGGCUACGACUUCGACACGGUCAACGAGCAGACCUGCCAGACCUACCAGUUCGGGGCGGCCCGGGGCGGCGGAGGCGCCGGGGGGCGCCUCAGCAUCGACGCUUCCCUCACGAAGCUCUUCGAGUGCAUGUCCCUGGCCUACAGCGGGAAGCUGGUGUCACCAAAAUGGAAAAAUUUUAAAGGCUUGAAACUUCAGUGGAGAGAUAAAAUCCGUCUCAAUAACGCCAUCUGGAGGGCAUGGUACAUGCAGUACCUGGAGAAGCGCAAGAAUCCUGUGUGCCAUUUCGUGACUCCACUGGAUGGCUCUGUUGAUGUAGAUGAACAUCGUCGGCCAGAGGCCAUUGCAACAGAAGGGAAAUACUGGAAACGAAGAAUUGAAAUAGUCAUCAGGGAAUACCACAAGUGGAGAACAUACUUCAAGAAAAGGUUACAGAAGCAUAAAGAUGAAGAUCUUUCGAGUUUGGUCAGGGACGAUGAUGUGGUUCUCUGGCAAAAAAGAAGAUAUGGCAGAGAAACCCCUGUACCUAUGGAGGAAGGCAGCCUCUUGGAUGCCGAUAUGCUUAUGUCUGAGUUCACCGACACACUGUUCUCCACACUGUCUUCACAUCAGUUGGUUUCCUGGCCAAAUCCCAGAGAGAUAGCACACUUAGGAAAUGCUGACAUGAUUCAACCAGGGCUUAUUCCUCUCCAGCCAAAUUUUGAUUUCAUGGAUACCUUUGAGCCUUUUCAGGAUCUAUUCACACCCAGUCGUUCCAGUAGUUAUUACCCCUCUGUGUCUGCUGCCAGCUCAGCUACAACGGACAGCAGCAGCCAUUCUUCCCAGUCUCCUGUCCUGCCGUCGGGUUCCUUGCCCAACACACUUCCAUCUGGGAACAUCAGCGAUGGACUGAUUGCUUCCUCAGUACCUGCUCCUGUCAUUCCUGAUGUUGGCACUGACCAGUGUUCCAGCAUUAGAAGCGGGGGAUCUUUCAUCCAGCCAUCAGACUUCGCUCCUGACUCUUCUCUCAGCGGGCCACAAACUUUUGUCCCAGUGUUUCAGACACCUUUGCCACUGCUUCAACCUGCGACACAACAGCACCAGUCCCCGUUGCCUGCAGUGCCUCUGAAUACUAGCUUAAGCUCUCCACCAUCUGCUUUUGCUGCACCAGAAACCCAGAAGUUUGGCCUCUGCAAAUCUACAGUUAUCACCCACACAGCUUCAGCUACGUUGACGCACAACGCCCCAGCCACCACCUUCAGCCAGAGCCAGAACCUCGUCCUGGCAACGCAGCAGCCAGGUGCAGGAGUGCCUUGUAACCUGGCUUUCCAGACUACUGUCCUGCAGGGGCAGCCCCGGCCCCAGUUGCAGUCCCAACUGACAUUUGCACUCCCCAAAGCCGUUCCCCUGGCCAGCGCUGGGACAAGGCCCAAACAGUCACAAAAAACAGUGCCUGCUCCGAAGCCUGAAACUGUGUCCUUAGUAUUAAAGAAUGCCUUCAUCACCCCAGCUGCCUUUCAGGGACAGUCCAGAGCUGUGAUUGUAACUCCAGCACCUUUAAAAAGAGAGGGGAUUUUGACGCCAGCCAUGUCUCAGUCUAAUGUUGCAAUUGCACCAGCUGGAAUUGCCAGAGCUCCCGGGGUGACGGAGUUCCGUAGUAACAUUCUGGUUGGUCCAGCACAGCAAGCACCAAGUAGCCAACAAACCCAGUCCACAGUCUCGCAUCUCUUCUCUCCUAGUGUAGUCCAGGAUGGGUUGGUGAAAGGAGAGCAAAUCCCUUCCCACAGUAGCAGUUCACAAGUUCCUUCACCUACACCUAGCCGAGACUGUCAGAAUUCUGGCCAAGCUUCCCCAUGCACCUCUGAGCAGAGCCCCAGUCCGCAGUCUCCCCAGAACAGCAGCUCAGGAAAACCUGCCACUGACCCUCAGAUGGCUGCAUUUAAGAUGCAAAGAAUGAAGCGUAUUUCAUCAGAACAAAAACGAAGGUUCAAUAUCAGGAUUGGUUUCAGUACUCUGAACAGCUUGGUUUCGGCCAACUCCAAGUCGAUCAGCCAUGCAAUCACUCUCCAGAAAACAGUAGAAUAUAUCGCUAAACUACAGCAGGAAAGAACACAGAUGCAAGAGGAAACCAGGCGCCUUCGGGAAGAAAUCGAGGAGCUAAACGCUGCCAUCAUUUCUUGCCAACAGCAGCUCCCUGCUACUGGGGUUCCAAUAACACGACAAAGGUUUGACCGCAUGAGGAGUAUGUUUGAUGAAUACGUGAGGAACAGGACCCUCCAGAACUGGAAGUUCUGGAUCUUCAGCAUUAUUAUUAAGCCAUUGUUUGAGUCCUUCAAUGGGAUGGUUUCCACAACAAGCUUUAAGGAUCUGAAUCAAACUGCAAUAGCAUGGCUGGAUCAGCACUGUUCUCUCCCUGUUCUGAGGCCAAUGGUGCUGAGCAGCCUUCGGCAUCUAAGUACAAGCACCUCAAUUCUGUCAGAUCCAUCGUGCCUGCCAGAGCAAGCCACAGAGGCAGUUAGCAAGAUGAACAAAGCAUCUGGUGAAACCUAACAACCAAAGACAGUGAGUUGCUUGUACAAGGGGUGGAGAACCUGCCAGUCUAGCAGCCUGGUGAGUCUCCUUUCAGUUGGUGCACUUUAGAAAGAAUACUCUCCAUCACCCAAGACCUUCAGGGCAUCUGUCUCUGCCUUCAGAAUAUGUGGAAGUGUGAUGCAACGUUGUCGUAACGUUUUGAUUCCUCUUCAGUGCUGUACUCUACUCCAUGAAGUGAGAACACCAAGCUCAGGUAAAUUUAGCAGGUUUGAUUCCUGCAGGCAGCAAUAUAUCUCCAUCAAUGCAGCAUGCAUCCGUAUGCAACAAACAUCUUUCUAUAAGACAGCUUCAAGUACUAAGUUCUCUGAAGUGUAAAUCUUGUACACCAAGGAAUGUUCUCUUAAAGGGGAAAUAUACUUUCAACUUUCAAUUUUGUGAAGCAAAAUCUGCUUUUCAUUUUGUUUUCUGGUGUUCAGUUCCAUUUGUUUUACUUGAAUAGUAAACAACUGCUUAAACAGGAUUAUAUUAAAAACCAAAGGAGAAGAAAAAUCCAUCAGCGACGUCAACUCGUGGAAAAUACUAAAUUAAAAUCUCAGGCUGUGUUUUGUGUAUUUUUAUUUUAAUGAGUGUACCAUUGCAUAUGAUCAGUUCCAAGGCAUGCUUUAUUUUCUAGCAAAUAAAGUAGCUGAUUUUUAUUAUUUUUCUGAUAUAGCCAUUGCAAGUGAGUAGCAGGCUGUGCAGUAAGUGCAAAAAAGCAGUUAUAGAUUGCACAGAUUCUGCAAUCAAGAUAGAUACAUGAAUUUCAUAUCUAUUUAACCUCUGAACUGUUUUCUUGCACUCUGCAGAGUUCAGCUGCCUUCCUCAUAAAAUGUGCACAUAUAAAACACAUCCAUAGGUAAAUGUCAUAGUGCUUCAAAGACUAAAAUGGAAUUCAUAGCGUUAAGAAAUUUUUUUUUUUUUGUCUCAGAAAGCAUAUCAAACCACAUGGACUUGUAGUCAAUUUUUAGAUUUGUCUUUUUUACCUGUUCUUUUUGCCUUCUAUUUCAAAUACCUAAAGGACUUAGCCAAGCUUGGUCUGUAUGGUAAAGUUAUGUUCAACAGGAAUUAUAAAACACAUAAAGAUAAGUUAAAACCCGCAUAACAUUUUUCUGUGGCAGUCCCUGAAGUACUGCCCUUCACUGCAGAUAAGCUUAGUCUUGUUACAGCAGUGAUAGUCUGUCCAUCCUUAGACAUCACUGGGAUGUUCAUUCUGGCCAGUUUUUCUUGAUGUAGUCUGGAAUGAUCCUCUGACCCUUGUAAUGCCACUCUUGAUUCUGAUGCUUUAGAGCUAUUCAGAGUGUGGAUAAAGUUUCCCUGUCACCUCCCCCAAGUAGUUUCUUCCAGUUUGAAGAGCAAGCUCUCAGUGCAAAGCUGAGGAGCAGCUUAAAUAUUUGGACAUAGCAAAUUCUGAAAUGGGGUCAGUAGGUUCUCCUUUAGGGGAUGUGCUUUUUCUCUGCGUUGUGCCUAAUCUUCCCCACUUGCUGGGCCAAACCUUAAAAAGCAGCAAUAGGUUUGGGGAGUGGGACUGAGCACAGAGAAUAAUUUUCCUUUCUUCCUUAUCCUGAGAUUUCGCAGCUAGUGGCUUUCAUUGCAGAGUUGGCUUAUGUGUGAGCAGGACUGUAACAAGAAGAAAGCAUAAAGGGCUGCCCCAGGGCCCUCUCCCUGAGCCUGAGAGUUGUGGAAGAGGGGGGCUGAAAGGGACUUGUGCAGGUAGCCAUUCAGGGGGAAGGAAUGUAAGGAGAAGGCAAAGCAGCGUGACCGAAGUACCAGCAUGCCUUUCUGUAGCUGUGCAUACAUUCAAGAUGCUCUUUUCUUUUACAGUAGAUCUGACAUAUCAUUUAAAUCUUGUGGCACAUGGAAAAAAACUGAAAUAGCAAGUAGCUUUUCUAGGGGAACCCAUAUCCAGGUCUUCCAUACAACAUAGUUUAUUCAAAUAAGCAGUAUUUUGGGGAUGCAUCUAGAUAAAAGAUGUUGAAUAAGUCUAAAUUAAUUUUUAAUCAGUGUUUUAGUCCUCCUAUUUCUAUCACUGUUUGUGAACUUGGUUCCAGUUAAAUCAUUUAACAGUGUGAUUAGCUGGGGAGCACCCCUCAAGUUCUUUACUGUGCUAUCUUGUUGAGAUGCACAGAUACCUACAUGCAUAUUUGCAUGUUAAAAAUAUGUAUCCAGUUUUCUAGAAAGAAGUCAGCAGGCAAAUUGUCCAGGAACAGACUCACUUGUGUUUUUUCUGUACUUUUCAGAUAAGCCUAUCCUGUAAUGCUUCCCCUGCAAUGUGGUCUCCUGCUCGUCAGGCAGCAGUUUUGCCUGUUUUUUUUGUUUGUUUGUUUGUUUUUGUUUACCAUGUUCUUAACCAGGUGUCUGCAACUGAGGUUGCAGUGUUCACAACACUACAGUGUUGUCUCAACAAACAGUGUGCUACAGGCAUUCCUCAAAGCCUAGGGAAGUAUGGUGAUUUCUAAGCUUAAAUCCUACCAUUUCAGAUGUCACUGAAUGAAUUGGAAGCUAAAAAGGACCUUAAAGAAAUAGAAAGGGGGUGUGUGUAUGACUGAAAUGCUAAAAAGUAUUGCCCAUUAGCAGUUCUGAUCUGGAUGUGAAUGGAAAAAAACAUCACACUCAUUGCAUCAUGAGUUGAUUACAAUUGGAGGGAAAGUGCUUAUUGUAAUAAUUUGUGAUGGAGGAACAAGCUCACGGCACUUCUACAAGACUGCAAAUCUUAACAUAGUAAAGAGAAAAAAAGAAUAAAUCAAAGAUCACUCACUUAGGCAAGAGUGUAGGAGGGAGGGAAGGAAGGAGUAGUGUAAAGAUACUUUCCACAUAGUUCAAUUACCAGAAAUGAUGUGGCUCCUCUUUGAAGGAGUGAUUCAGUGUAUUUUCGUCACCUAACUAUUACAAAUCAGAAUUCUUUUCUCUUAUCAGUCAACUUUGUGAAGGGUGUGAUUUUACUUUAUUUGGAAGCACAGGAGGAAAAAGCUAUAUGGUAUAUCUCAUCUCUGCACAUUUGAGGUACUGAGGAUUAGUGUGAAAAGAGAUUGGCCACGUAUGUAUUAAUUCCUGUCUAGAUUCUCACUUGGAUAUAUAUUUGAACUGUUUAGUCUUUCUGCCUUCCUCAUUCGGGACUCUAAGUAAUAUAUUUCUUUUUUUUUGAAAACAAAACAAAACUUUGGUACCACUUACUCCCCUGACUUACAUAGUCCGACUUCCUCUAUGUCACCAAAGUACGUUAAGCAAGCAAAACACACGGUGCCUGUAGUCUACACAGAAUUACAGAUGAUGCAUGUCAGUCUUCAGUGAAUUGGUCCAGACUUUUAAAGAAUCCCCACAUAAGCAAAUGCAGCUCAUAAUUAGUCAAAUCCAACAUAUUUUGCUCAAUAAGGGAGGGGAUAGAUAAAAUAUUUGUGGCCUGUGAUACCCACCAAGAUCAAACAGAUUGUCUAGUGGUGCCUUCUGACCUCAAAUUCUAUUAAUCAAUACGCUGUAGAAGCCCCUAAUCUCUCCCCAGCUUCUAGAGAAAUUAUGCAUUAUCUGAUGAACUUAUUAGUCUUGUAUGAUACUUCCUGUUAAGAUGAGAAAUAAGCAGUGAAAGCAGACUAGAAUUUAAUAAAUUAAUUAGUAGUAGGGAUUUUGACAAGACCGUGCUUCAUCUGGCAGUCCAAUCUCUGCGCAGAACCCAUGGGUUCCUUGUUACUACCAUUUGAUCCGACUGCCGUGUUCUUCCCUGCUUUUCCAGAGCCCUAGGGGAGCUUUCCUUCAAGGGAGACUUACUAGAAUACUUCUAUCUGUGCCUUGGAUCUUGGGGUCCUGUAUGCAUUUGAUGCAUCUUAAGUCUUACAUUCUUAACCCUAACGUGGAAAACUCAGUGAAACGACAAAGUGGGGGUUCCCUUGGUUUUAAGAGAAGGUAUCAUCUGCAUGGCAUUACUGUGCCCCUUUGAACCCGAGGUGGUGAAAAAUUGUGUGGAUGGAUGGGAGGAAGGAAGGAGAAAAAUGGCCUUUCCUGCUGACUUCACUGUCUUUCCCUCCCACGUACUCAGGGGCACACCUACCCCAAAGUCUGACAGAAACCUAGUAAAGAUGCACACGAUUAAAUCUCUAAAUCUGGAAUGGCUUAAGAAGUCAAAGGGCUGGCAGAUUGCAUUGGAAAAUAGCAUCCCUUUAUUUUGUGCCCUCAGGUUUUUUUUUCCACAGUGUGUGUGUCCACACUUAGGCUCACAUUGCAGAGGUGAGGGGCUGGGUAGACUUCAUUUUGUUUGCAAGAAGCUCACUGCAAAACCAUUCAGUAACAUAAUUCUUUUUUAGUCCAAAUUAUUUGGAAGCUAAAUCACUUCCUGUGUUUCUGGGACGGAUAAUUCUUGCCUCAACGUUCCCAACAUGAAGAUACUGCUAAAAUAAAACUGAUAGUCAACUAUUUUGACUUUUUUUUCUUCUCUCUUUUCUAUCAUUCUUUGCACUUUUUGUAAGGAAAAAGAAAAAAAACACCCCGAAUGAAAAGGCUGAUGAUCCCUGGCUUAGGUGCUUUAUGGAUUCGGUUGCACAAAUCUCAGAGGACUGUGGACAGCUCUUGGUGACUUGUAGGAGGUAUUUUUUUUUAGGGGAGACAACAGGAAUUUUCCGAUUUCUCUGUCAAUUUAUAGACUUGCAUUUCUGAGGAGAUCGUUUGUUUUUGAGGGGUUUCUUGUAUGGGACCCCAGUAUGGUUUCCACAACGUCAGCUAAGGCCUCAACUUCCCUUUUGUUUUUUGGAUGGAUUUCAUGCUUAUUUGCUGUGUUAUAGCAGAAGUGGUAGUACCAAAUUGUAGAUUGAUCUGCAAAACUUGAUUCAGUUAGAAGGAAGAACAUCUUAGCUAUGUAAUACAAAGGCUUUCUAGCCAUCGUCUGAACUGCUUUUAUAUCUGAACAUUUCCAACAUGAAUAGGGUUUUGAAUCAGAAGAUACCAGUUAGGAGCAAUUGUCUUACUUAGCAAUUCAAAGAACAAACUGCUCCUCCUCUUCUUGUAUUUAGAUGUGUUUAAGUGAAUGGAGUUCAUUCUUGUUGUUCAAAAAAAAAAGCUUGGAGGUUUGAGGACUUCAGGUUGUACUCUUGCUUUUGCCUAGGUUUCCUGUUCUGUUGCAUGACACAACUUCUGUUGUGCUGUUGAUAUGUAGCACUUUUCAGUAGGUCUGUUAAAUUGUGCAAUGCAUUUUUUUAUAUUUACAACCAAAACAAUAAAGGUUAUUUUUUGGAAGAAA